AUGCCACCCGAGGCAGAUGAAGUAGCCUCUAUCGUCCUACAUCUGUUCGACAGGCUUCCUGCGAAGAGGAAGCCAUCCGUCCGCGAUAAUGGCACCCGAGAAUGGGUGCCUCUGGCUGGGAUAGUCGCCAGACAUGGCGACGGAUCUUUGAAAUGUUUGGCCCUGGCGACCGGCAUGAAGUGCUUGCCAGCAUCCAAAUUACCCUCCACUAGAGGCAGGGUCUUGCAUGACUGGCACGCCGAAGUCCUAGUGAUCCGGGCCUUCAACCACUUCGUUCUGCAGGAGUGCAAGGCCAUGGUCACCGACGGGAAGGACUCCCCAUAUGUCCGCCGGAUCACCAGCCCCACGGCGAACGAAUCAUCUGGGAGAAGGCACCACUUCUGCUGGAGAGAAGAUGUGACGCUGCACAUGUACUGCUCAGAGGCACCCUGCGGCGACGCAUCCAUGGAGCUGACAAUCUCGGCCCAGCAGGACGCGUCCCCGUGGGAUAGCCCUCUUCCGCCGCACCUGAUGCCCGAGGGGGCGCCGGCAUCUACACCGGAGCUGGCCCUCCUCGGGCGCGCAUGCUUCGACCAGCUAGGCGUCCUCGCGCUGAAGCAGUGCACCUCGCUUCUCGGCUCGCCCGCGGCGCUGCUCGUCUCGCCCACCGGCGUGUAUCUCUCCUCUCUCGUGCUGCCGGAGAGCCAGUUUUCCGCCGCGGCUUGCGAGAGGUGUUUCUCGGCCCGGGGCAGAUUGGCGCCCCUGGGUGCAGUCGAGGCCGGGUGGGAGGACGGAUACGGAUUCCACCCGUUCGUAGUGCGUACUACGGGGCUGGAGUUUGAAUACUCCCGCCGCGGCCCGGGACAUAGCGAGGGGCUGCGGUACGUGGCGAGCAAUCUUGCCAUGGCUUGGUCUUGCAGUGGUCUGGCUGAGAACCUGAUCGGAGGCGUGCUUCAGGGGCGGAAGCAGUCGCAUGCACGAGCAGGCAGUGCGGUGUCAAGGGAAAAGAUGUGGGCAUUUGUGCAGGAGAUUGCGCGCCAGGUUGAGUCAGACAGGAUUCCGCCGACCCUCGGGACGUACGGGGCUCUUAAGAAAAGCUCUGUACUGGCCAUGAGAAGCAAGGUGAAAGAAGACGUGCGAAAGGAGGCGCUUAAGGGCUGGGUUAGGAACACUGGCGACGAGGACUUCGACGGACCAACCUGA